AGAGAGAGAGAGAGAGAGAGAGAGAGAGAGAAGGAGAGAGAAUUGCGCACUGAACAGAGUGAAACCUCAGAUCUAAGAAAAAGAAGAAAGAAACAAGAAAGAGGGAAUUACUUCAAAGAAAAAAAGCUUUAAAGAGAUUCAGAUCAAACUUCAGCCUGUUUUAAAGUUUUUUAUUUAUAACCCAUGUGUGAGUGUGUAUGAACACUAGGAGGCAGCAGGUGAACCAGGGCCACGUGCACAAGGCUCCCCAGAGGAACGUUACACCUGUACAGGUGUGUGCUGAGGGAAGCGGUUUGGGAAUCAGCCAGUGGUGUAGACAGGAAAAGACAACAAAGGAUUAACAGCAGAUCUAGUUCCUCCUCCUGUUUCUGUGCCUGGGCCUCAGGCCUGAUCCAAUCUGUCUGCCAUGGUACUGAUCCUGGGAAGGCGGCUAGCCCGGGAGGAGUCGGGCGUCCAUGAGUCUCCGGCCGUCAAGCGCAAAGUUCUGGAGAUGGACACAAAAACUCUGAGCAGUCAUGAUGUGUUCGACUUCUCCUCUGGCCCAAGUCAUGCAGACAGCAUCCUCCAGAUGUUGAACGAGUUUCGUGACGGCCGUCUCUUCACUGAUGUGGUGAUCAGCGUGGAGGGACGUGAGUUCCCCUGUCACCGCGCCGUGCUGUCGGCCUGCAGCAGCUACUUCCGCGCCAUGUUUUGUAACGACCACCGCGAGAGCCGUGCCAUGCUGGUGGAGAUCAAUGGCAUCCGUGCAGACGCCAUGGACACCUUCCUGCAGUACGUGUACACGGGCCGGGCUCAAAUCACCACCGACAACGUGCAGUUCCUGUUUGAGACGUCCAGCUUGUUCCAGAUUGGGACGCUGCGUGACGCCUGCGCCAAGUUUCUGGAAGACCAGCUGGACCCGUGCAACUGCCUAGGCAUUCAGAGGUUCGCUGACGCUCACUCGCUCAAGCAGCUGGCUAACCGCUGUCGUAACUACGCUCUGCAGAGCUUUGCCGAUGUGGCGCAGCAUGAGGAGUUCCUGGACCUCCGCCGGGACGAGCUUGAGGAGUACAUCUCCAGCGACGAGCUGGCCAUCGGGAAGGAGGAGACAGUGUUCGAGGCCGUCAUGCGCUGGGUUUAUUAUGACAUCGAGCACCGCCGAGCCGUCCUGCGAGACCUCCUGACACACGUACGCCUGCCGCUGCUCCACCCAAACUACUUCGUGCAGACCGUCGAAGGAGAUCAGCUCAUCCAGAAUGCUCCAGAGUGCUACCAGCUGCUCCAUGAGGCACGGCGUUACCACGUCCUGGGCAAUGAAAUGAUGUCUCCUCGCACACGCCCACGCAGGUCCACUGGCUUCUCGGAGGUCAUCGUGGUGGUGGGUGGCUGUGAGCGCAUCGGAGGCUUCAACCUGCCGUACACUGAGUGCUACGACCCCGUCACAGGAGACUGGAAAUCACUGGCCAAAUUGCCAGAGUUCACCAAAUCUGAGUACGCAGUGUGUGCACUACGGAACGACAUCCUGGUCUCAGGAGGUCGCAUUAACAGCAGGGAUGUGUGGAUGUACAACUCACAGCUCAACAUCUGGAUCCGAGUCGCAUCACUAAAUAAGGGACGCUGGAGACACAAAAUGGCCGUUUUACUGGGAAAGGUGUAUGCAGUGGGCGGAUAUGAUGGUCAGUCACGUCUGAGCAGUGUCGAGUGUUAUGACUCUUUUUCCAACCGCUGGACAGAGGUGGCUCCCAUGAAGGAGGCGGUAAGCUCCCCGGCCGUAGCCGGCUGCGUCAACAAGCUGUUCGUCAUCGGAGGAGGCCCUGACGACAACACCUGCUCCGAUAAGGUUCAGUGCUACGACCCGGAGUCAGACUGCUGGUUGCUCAGGGCGAACAUCCCCAUCGCUAAGCGCUGCAUCACCGCCGUGUCCCUCAACAACCUCAUCUACGUGUCUGGAGGUUUGACCAAGUCUAUCUACUGCUACGACCCCACUGAGGACUACUGGAUGCACGUUGUAAAUACCUUCAGCAAACAGGAGAGCUGCGGGAUGUCAGUGUGUAACGGAAAGAUCUACAUCCUCGGCGGGCGCAGUGAGAGCGGCGAGGCGUCCGACACCAUCCUGUGCUACGACCCGGCAACGGGCAUCAUCACGGGUGUGGCGGCGAUGCCCCGCCCCAUCUCCUACCACGGCUGUGUGACCAUCCACCGCUACAACGAGAAGUUCUACCGUUCAUGACCCUCAACACACACGCUCAGCUCAUUUCUCUACAGUACACACACACACACACACACACACACACACACACACACACACAGGACAUCACCUGAGCCAA